CUUUUGCAGCAGCUGCCUGGCAUCGGUUGAUAAAAGUUCAUUUUGCUAUCCACUAGCAUCUGGAAAGCCAUUUUGUGCCAUCUGCUGGUGACGGAUCCAGUGGGCACACAUCCGCCACCGAAUACAAUAGCGUUAGGACAGGAUUAUAGUAGGAGGGCAGCAAAUGGUUAAUAUCUGCAGCAGGCAGCAGUGCUCAGGGCUCACACAGCAGCUUGGCUUCCAGCAUGACAGCACAGCACAGACUUCACACACUUGCAUGUGUUUCAUGCCGCCGCCUCCUCCUUCAUCAGGGCACCUGGCCCUGCCCAUGCUGUCAGUGGGAGGACUGGGUAGCACAUCCUCUGCCCAUACAUGGUGGAUCCUUCCUUCUUUCCUGCUCCCCCCACCCCUCCUGCACAGAUCAAUGAGGGGCUGCAUAGUCUGCAGGAUCAGUCACAACCCAGGCAGAGAGCAGCAUCCUCGCCUAGUGCUGAUCCUGGAGUCACCUGCAGCCAGGGACCAGCUCCCCAUCACCUCAGCAUCUCCAGCUUCAUCAUAGUGGCAGCUCCCCCCACUGGGCUCGGUCGGAUGUGGCCCCCAAUUUCUUCUUUCAUCAAGGAUGGGCACAGCUGUCUCCAAGAAGAAGGCACUGAGGAAUGACACUAUCUCUCAUGUAGCGGCUAAAGUUAGAGCAGCGAGGGCCUUUGGAGAAUACUUGUCGCAGACUCAUCCGGACAGCCAAAACGGCUCAGACCAUCUCCUCGUCCAAGAAGAUUCCCCAGAAAUGCUCCAGGCGUCUCAGAACAAACGUCGUCUCUCUUCGCUCUCGGACAGCAAGUUGGAGAGAAGUUUCUCUGAGGAGCGCGGGGAGAAGUUGACCAGUGAAGGCCCAAAGCCUUGUGUCUACACCAUCUCCGGAGAGAGGCCCAUGUUAUCCGACCACGAGAGCGACAGCAUGGAGCUGGUGGUGAUGAAGACCCCGCAGGAUGACAGGCACCAUCACCAUCACUCCCAUCAUCACCAUCACCACCCCCUGCAAAACUCAGGCAGCGCACACAACAUCACAAGGCCUUGUAAAAGUUGGUCAGGAAGCCGACAGAACUCCAAAGAGUGCCCGAAUUGUUCCAGACUUACUGUGUCGGCGCAGCACUCGUUCGAUCUAGAACAGCACCAAUCCAACGAGUCGGGCUGGCGCAAGAAAAAGCUGGAACGGAUGUACAGCGUCGAUAAAGUAUCUGAUGAUGUUCCUAUCCGGACCUGGUUCCCCAAGGAGAAUCUUUUUACCUUUCAGACCGCCACCACAACUAUGCAAGCUAUCUCGGCCUUCCGGGGCUAUGCCGAGAGGAAAAGACGGAAGCGAGAAAAUGACUCUGCAGCUCUUAUACAGAGGAAUUUUCGCAAACACUUACGGAUGGUGGGGAGCCGGAGGAUGAAGGCUCAAACUUAUGCCGAUCGUAGAGAAAGAAGCUUCAGCCGGUCCUGGAGCGACCCCACCCCAGUGAAAGCCGACUCCAUUCAUGACUCCAGAGAAAGCCAUGAUUUGCAGACUUCCUGCACCGCUCUGGAUGAAGAAUGUGAGGACCUGAACUGGGAGGUGGAAAGAGAAAUGGAAGCCCUGUCCUGCGAAGGAGAAGAUUUUAUUCCACCCAAGAUCAUGCUAAUAUCUUCCAAAGUUCCUAAAGCAGAAUACAUCCCAACCAUAAUCCGGAGAGAUGAUCCCUCAAUCAUCCCUAUUCUUUAUGAUCAUGAACAUGCUACAUUUGAUGACAUCUUAGAGGAGAUAGAAAAAAAGCUGAAUGUAUAUAGGAAGGGCUGCAAGAUCUGGGAGAUGCUUAUAUUUUGCCAGGGAGGACCCGGCUACCUCUACCUUUUGAAGAAUAAAGUUGCUACAUUUGCCAAAGUGGAAAAGGAGGAAGACCUCAUUCUGUUUUGGAAAAAGCUAAGCAAGUUGAUGAGCAAGAUGAAUCCACAGCCCAAUAUGAUACACAUUAUGGGGUGCUACGUGCUGGGGAACCCUAAUGGUGAAAAGCUUUUCCAGAAUUUGAAGAACCUUAUGAGUCCACACAAAAUAGAAUUCAAGUCCCCCCUGGAGUUAUCUGCACAAGGAAAGCAAUUGAUCGAAAAGUAUUUUGAUUUCCGACUAUAUCGUCUCUGGAAGACGCGCCAACACUCCAAGCUUCUGGAUUACGAUGACAUCUUAUGAGUCUACAACAAUGCUGCCAUGUUAGGAGUACUUUUUUUGCUUAUUUCCAGGGGGGCCGAAAGAGUCUACUGGGAUGUCUUCUCCCCCCCCCCCAAACCCCCUCACUAUGAAGAGUGGAGGAUGGGGAGAAUAGGAAACUGAAGAGACUGUAAGGUGCAGAGUCCACCGACGGGUGGUGAAUCUUACACGAGGAGCGGAGAAUGGCUUGAGGUUUUAGCAUGUAGAGAAUCGAGGAUGAGAAGACGUCUUCAUUCUGAGCUUCACCGAUUCAGGGCAAACCCUAACCAAGAAACGCCGGGCCCUCUUUUUUUUUCUAGGGCCCCAUUCAAAGACUCAAGCUCAGGUUUUUACUAGGACAAUAAUAUUAACACUUUCUUGCACUAGAGAGCAAGGAUUCCCAUCGAGCCUUCAAAAACCCACAGUGAACUUUUUGUAGCAAAAACCCAGGUGACUUUUAUACUUCACCAGAAGGAGACGGCGGAGGUUUGGCCAGACAGCGGGUUGUGUGGCCCCUUGUUCUAGAAGCGCGGCUGCAGAGGAAGUAUUAUUUACAGAUAUAUCUAUAUAUAUAGAACAUAUAUGUAUAUCUUAUGAUGGGGGGGGUUUAGGUUUAUCAAUGUGGGGGAACUUAGAAAUUUAAGUGCAAUUUCUUUAUAACAAGCAAAUAGUGUAUUUAAUUGUCAACCAAGUGCAAUGGUCCUUGAGCCGUCUUGCACGGUGUGAGUCGUAGUGACAGCGCGGGACACUUUAGUGCGACAUCUUUUUUUUUGUAGACAUGUAGAUCACCAGCAAACUAUAUGUGUGUUGUUAACUCACGAUAGAUCCGCCGAUCCGCAAAUAUACUCAGUGUCCGGUGACAUCUUCUAGUUAGCCGCUUCAUUUAUCUAGAUUCCUCGGCUCCGACAAGACGUUCAGUUCGCACUUUGUUGCAAUAUAUUGAUAGUAUUGUUACGUGAACAUAGUAGAAAUCUGCAGUAGAAACCUAUGUAUAGUAUACAGAACUGUAAUUGAUAUACAUUUAAUAUAUAUAUAUUGACUUUCGGGGGAGACUAGCCAUUGUAAUGAGCAGCAGGUUCUGAGAGCUCAGGUCCGAGUUGAUGCCUUUUGAAACACCUUCAAUCACGUAGGUUGUGCGCCCACUGGUGGCCUGAUGUGUAAUGGCAUCCGUAGCUCCAUUUGAUGCCCCAAUUGUCUUUUUGAGUGGGUGACAUAACUGAUCAUUAGAUUUAUUGCUGCAUUUUAUAUUUGUGUCGAUGAAACUGCUUUAGCGCUCUAGACCCCAGGAAUUUGCUUGAUUUUGGGUCUUGAGUAGACGGAAGUUGCAUAUCUCUUUAUCAUAUCGGGAAGGGGGAGGGCGAUGUCAGCUAUUACAAAUCUCAAAUAAAACUAAUGCCAAGUAGUUCAUUCUGCAUUCUAAAAGUUAAAAAAAAUAAUAUUAUUAUUAUUAUUUUUUUUUUAUUUGUUUGCUAGAUCCAUUGUGCUGGUCUGACCCCUUGUAACCCAAGUUGAAAUAACUUACUGUAGCCAUGUACAAUUGUGCAGGGAUAACCCUGUGUCCUAUAUACGGACGCACUAUGAUGUGUUAUUAUAUUGUAACUUGACUCUGUUAUGCCAAAUUCUGCACCACACAUGUACGUUAUUGAUGACAAAAGAUUGCCGCAAAAUGCUGCUGCUGCAGCAAAAAUCUGGUCUGAUAAAAAGAGGGGGUGCUCGUUUUUCGGGAGAGAUUACACUGUAUAUAGCAAUACCACUGUUUCUCCACUGGGGACAGUAAUGACUGAAGUUAGAGUCUAAAUUUGGCUUAAGGGUUAACCCAGUGUUUCCGAACCAAUGUGCCCCCAGCUGCACACUGCUGGGAAUUGUAGUUUUGCAACAGCGGUUGGUAGAUACUGGGUUAACCAUUAAGUCUCUGGAAAGUUUUCAAUAACAUAUUUUUCAAAGAAGUUAAACAACGUAAACAAGUUGAUAAAAAAAAAAAAAAAAAAAUUAUAAUCACCAAAAAUUCUUAAAAAAACAAACAAAAAAAAAAGUUUAUAUUUUUCAAUUUUAUUAUCUAAAUUAUUUUAAAAAAAAUCCUGAAAGCUUGCGGUACUCAUUUUGGCCACUAGGCCUUACAUUAAGUUACGACGUUCUGUUCUGUCUUUGGAAAGUGAUCUGUACAGCAUAAGGGCGAGUUCACAUGGUUGAAAAUGUGCGCAAUGUCCGCCCAGAAAACACGGGCAUACAUUUGAAUAAUCCGGUGGGCGUUAGGACUGUUCGGAAAUGCGCCGUCACAUAGACGGCAAUGCAUUUCCAGGCAGAAUCCGCAGAAAGAAUAGACAAGUCUAUUCCUUCUGUGGACGCCGGAAUCGGGAUUACUAUGGCAGGGAACAUUGCUGCAGCAGAACAUUCCGCCAUGUGACCGUAGCCUUACACUGAUGCCAGUAGACAGAGAAGACAAUAGGAGCUCGGCCUCCUCCUCCCUGAAGAAUGAGCUUUGCACAGGUCACAGAGCAUGCCUACAAAUAUCCCUGCUUUAAAAGAAUGGGGUAUUUACGUGGUAGCUGAUUUAUCACAUGUGACAAUUUAAAAUUUGCAGCAUGUUUUUUUUUUUUUGCACAAUUUCACUGAAGCCCAGAAUGCACUUUGCAGCAUACUUAAAGGGGUUAUCCAGGAAAAAAACUUUUUUAUAUAUCAAUAUCAACUGGCUCCAGAAAGUUAAACAGAUUUGUAAAUUACUUCUAUUUAAAAAUCUUAAUCCUUU